CUCUCACUCUUUUUCUCUCAUUGGAAAGCUACAGAUCUGUUUGCGUAAGAGCAGUGGCUGUAAAAGAAGAGACCUUUAGACCCAGCAUCGUCUCUGUUUCUAGCUGUGAGGUAACAGGUUGAGAACUCGUUCUUCAGUUCAAUCUAUCCAGGACCUCGCCAUCCAAGUCUGUCAUGGACCGCGAAAAGCGUCCGAGCCUUUUGGAACGAGCAGAUGCUGUAGAUGCUGUAGAGGAGAGGAAGUGGUGAGCAGCUAUCCGGUGGAGAGCGGGUCUCUCCCCACGAGAGCCAAGAAGGAGAAGAUGGCGAAAAAGAAGCUAGAGCAAAAGAAAGCCUUCAGUUUGGAGGAAGCACAGCUCGAGAUUGAGCAGCAGAACAAGUGCCAGAGCAGGCCGGCCCUGCCCAGGUCUCAGACAGUAGGAGGACAUUUGGAAAGGAAUGACAGCUUGAACUCAAGAAGUAGCUUCAUGAAGCACAACAAAACAUUCCACAAACUCUUUCCUGACAUCCCUGAGAGCGAAGACUUAAUGCACGCCUACAUCUGUGCUCUGCAGAGAGAGGUACCCUACCACGGUCGUCUCUAUAUCACGGAGAACAACGUUUGCUUUCACUCCUCGGUGCUCCUCAAAGCCACCAAGGUGGUGAUACCGGUGAUUAAUAUCACUGUGUUGAAGAAGCAGAACACAGCACUGCUGGUGCCAAAUGCGCUCUCCAUCCGCAGCAACCUGGGAGAGAAGUAUUUGUUCGUGUCCCUGCGAAACCGCGAAGGCUGCUACAGGUUGCUGCGUGCCGUUUGCACCCACCUGGAGGACGGCAGCGCCAACAGCAGCCCGCUUUUCUCAUCCACCGAGAACAGCUUCGAUCAGGGCAAACCGAUGAACUCGAGCCAAUCAAGCCUUACUGACGCCUACGAGGAGGUUGAUGGAACAGACUCAGGACUUUUACUCCAACCGCCUCCUACUAAACUCCGCAGAGCUUCAACCUCGAAUGGAAGUCCUCCAAUGUUGAGAAAUCCUCAUAGAGUACAAGAUCAGAGUUCAACAGAGGAGUACACAGGAGGUUCGUGGAUGUGGAGUGUGACCGACGGUGCCAGAUCGUUGCUUAUCCAGAGAGAAGCCGCCAGCCUGAACACUUUGCUGCUCAUUUAUUUAAUGCUGGUGGUGCUGCUCGUGUUGUCCUCUGGGUAUAUCGGCCUGCGCAUCGUGGCACUGGAGGAGCAGCUGAGCACCCUGGGAGCCAUGCCUGAAUUCACUCUGCACAGCAGGUACAAGGACACUUGAACAUGACGGAGAAAGAUGAUGUUUUAUUAUUUAUUUUAAUCUAAUGACCCUGAGGAGGAAUGACAGCUCCUGAUGAUGUCAGUCCAUAUUUCAUCAAUUCUCACACACCAUUAGAGCCAAAGCGCUGCAAUAAGUGCAUUAUUCACUCUCAGCAAGAAGAAAACCAAAGCGCUCUCUGACUCUGCAUCAAACCAGGAGUCUCGCGAUGCUUCUCCUCCCAAAACCAACCAAAGACUCGGAACCGGAGGUGGGCGGAGUUCGAACGACAGGCUGUCUGUUAGUGUAACCCGGAUACACUUUGCAUAAAAAAAAACAAAAGGCUUUUCCUCCUUUCCAACGUUUCAAUCUCAAAUGAUUUCAAUCUGUCAUCCUUUUCUGAUCAAGCUCCUCUCGUGAAGAUGUUUCUCUUUUUUUUUUUUUUUAAUCACCAGGUGGCAGUAUUACACAGUGCUUUGGCAUGAUUCGCAAAACGAUCAUUGCUCGGUGGCCAACCUUUUCCCCCUUUUCCCCCCCUUUUCGUUCCUUGUCAUUUAUGGAUGUAUGGGUCUUCUAUGCACAAAAUAAUCUCCUGAUCAGGUAUUUGAACCCCACACUCUUCUUUCCUCCUUUGGUACUUUCGCUCGUCUAAAACAGUCAACGCCUGUUUCUAAUCUGACGGACUAUUUAAAAAGAUCGUGCCACUGUGCAGCCUGGACUGGACGUUUUUUCAGCUACAGAGAGACUCGGCCUGAGAAAAGAAAAACAUACUUGAGUCGCUUUUCAAAAACAAUAUAUGCAUGUUUAAUUUCGAGUGGAUGCGAGUGAACGCUGUACAUAAACUGGGAGACUUGAAGUGAAUCUGAGCACUUUAAUGUUAAUUAUACAAAAGGCAUCAGACUGUACAAUAAGGGCGACUUGCUAUCACCAUCCGGAUCCGGAGUAUUGUAGCGGCACCACCCUGCCCACGCUUGUGCUUUUCAGUGUACCAGGACGUCCACUAAAAUCUCGCGGUUAAAGAUCGAUUAUGCUGUAACUUGUUUUCUAAAAUCCGACGUAAUAUAAGGCGAGAAUGAAAAGAUUUCAUUACUCCACCUCCUUAACCCCAUGAGCAGAUAGCCCUCAAAACACCCCUUGUGGUGGACCCUGGUAUUAAUCAGAUAUUUGAGUCAGUCUUUUAGGAAUAAGGUCUUCAGAUUGAAAGGCUUUUGUAAUCAUGACGUGGACAUUCUGGUGCACUUUUCAUGGUUCAGUAGGGGUUAAUAUCUCUAUCCACUUACAGAGGGAGGCAGAUCUAAGCCCAAACACUUACAUUAAUUUAUCAUACAGUUGAGCUUUGUGUCCUACAAACCAGAAUAACUUGUAUACAUUUCACACAUCUGGUUUGUUAGUUGUAGUCUCUUUUGUCUAACCCGCUCCUGAUCUCCUGAAACGUCUCGCUAGAGUAGCUCUGUGGAAGUGCACAAGCACAGGACAGCCUUCCUUCACACACACACACACACACACAUAUAUAAAAUAUGUAGUACAACGCCAGCUUCCGAUGGUGCUAUAGAGUCUUUUACUCAGGGCCUCUCGCACUCAGAGCCCCAUUCAGUUCCCUCAAUCUAUGCUUUCUCAGCUCAUACAGCAAAUAUCGAAUAAUCAAUGUACGAUGUCUUACAGCAGGGAAAGCACAUGUUGAAGUCAGCUCUGGGAUUUCUUCCCUAAACUUCUCUGCUGCUCCUUGAUCUCUGAUUAGCACAACGCUAACUCCACUUGUGUUCAUUCAUUACUAACUACAGUGUCUGUGCACCACCAGGAGAGUCUUUUGUCUUUUCUUUAAAAAAAAAAUAUAUAUAUAAGAUCUGUAUACCCCAAUAACGGUGCAUGUUGAUCAUCCCUAUGGGGUAUUUCGGUCUCUGAUUUUGAGUUUGAGUUUGAUUUCAUAUAUUUUUGUUUUUGUUUCCUUUACCGAAGAGGAACGAAGUGUUGCACAGAGACUAAUUGAGAUGAAAUGUGUUUGACUCACUCCGAGCUGUUGUAAUUCCCUUUCAAUAACAAUGCAGGAAUUCAAUGUGUAUUAUUUCUGUUUGCACUAUUGAAGGGUAUGUAAAUAAUAUUUUGUAUCGUUUUUUUUUUCUCUCUUAACGAGUCCCCGCUGAUCUAUUUAUUGUGUUCUCUGUAAAGAAAAAAGCGAUCUCUGUGAGACCGGCUUUGACGUUUUAAUAAAACAAAUGAUUGGGGAA